GGCAACGUUCGGGUCGUCCCUUUAGGUUUCUCAACGCGCGCGCGACCGAGAUUCAAGGGGGAAUUCCGGGUUGAGUUUGGAGGUUACAACUGUGGGGGUGGGGAGCGCGCUCUCCCCUUUUCAUGUUUUGAAGAAAAGAAUUUCGAACAGACGAAAAGGAGACGGAGAGAGCAAAAACAACACGUGAAGUUGUGGUGUGAGUGUGAAAAGGGGGGACUAGUCUUGUGUUUUGUUGUCGUCGUCUGGAGUCAGAAGAAUCCAGGUCCGCGGUCAUAUGUUGGAAUUGACCCUUGGUAGCCGAUGUCAACGGACCGGUCAACUGUGCAGAAGAUUCGAGCUGUGACGGAGUUGUAGAACGCAGUUGGCGGCGAAAGUUCGUGAGCUGGCAAAACGGAGGGGAGGCCACGACAAGUCAGGGCAUGCUACGCGACACGAUGCAGCGUGAACCGCUGACCAGACGUCGCGAAGAAUACGACGGUUGAGGGGAGUAGUGACAGAGUGUGGGAGUGCGCGGAGCGACUGUGUGUCAGUGGAGCGACGAAGAAUCGACACGAAGAGAGAGAAGAAGUUGUGCGGAGAGUGCACGAGCUCGUGAGAACACCCGAGUUGAGGAGUUGUGAGCGGAGCGGAGUCUUCGUGGAGUGCAACUCCACAUCUAGUAGGUAAGCAGUUUUGCGAAAAUGGAUUAGUGGAGUCAACCUUUAAAUCACAGCGCGCCUACUACGGAAUCAGAGACAUUCCGGAUCUCGCGGUGAAAUCGAUUGGGCAGCUCCGAAAAAUUUGAGGGAGAGCAAGGGAGUCUAAAAAUAAGAAUCCGGACCGGAAGAGAAAGGAAAAGUGACAAAACUGGUUCGGAGUAUGCAAAUGAAGUCGGAGAUUCGACGACGGAAUGCUUGUCUGAGGGAGCAUAUGGUUUAGUGAUCGCGCCUCGAUCGUUAUUUUGUUUUUGUUUUGCUCCCCUCUCGCAAGACAUUCAACACAUGGUUGUUACGAAAUUCGGUGUCUGCGAAGAAACGCGAAGCAGCAGGCCAAGCGAAAAUAGGUGAAAACCCAAGGCAAGGUUGCUUGGAUGGAAACAAAAGAAAAAAACAGAGAGAACAAAAAACAAGCAAAUAAGUAAAAAGAAAUAACAAGCAAGACGAGAAAAAAAACCCGUCUGGCAAGCUGUAAACAAUCUCCGCCGCUCCAGCGCGAGAUUGCGAAAAAGUAAACAAAACAAAAGUGCACACAAACAGCAACACGAAAUGACGGGUUCGUGCGCGAUUAAAGUGAGCGAGUAAACGGCUGCUCGCGUGUGAGAGUGAUCCGAUCACUCAUCGAUCGCGCACGUGAGUGUGUGGUUGUGUGCAGAAUUCGAUCGCUGGAAGAGAACAAGAGCGAGCGAUUGCGAAAAGAGUGGUAACGAAGGGCGGGGGUGGCAAAAAUUGGAUUAAUUUCCCUGCGUCUGCGGUUGGGUGUAGUCUUCGAGAAACUUUGCGGUUAUUUUGUUUUUGUUAGGGGCGCACACCAGAUUUCCUCAAAACAAAACACAGAAAAACAACACAACAUCAACUGCAUCGCAGAAUCGCUCGAAUCUCCACCCAAGAGUCAAGAUUUAUGAAACCAAUUUAGCUAAGGCAAUCUUGUACUGGCAAACACGGCUAAAACUCAGCCCCAGCCUCCAGAACAAACGAAACACAACAUUUUCGACGUAGUUUUUUUCUGCUCCUUCUGCACGAUUUUCCACCCAACUAGCCAAAAGCUCUUCGACUUGGUUCUCAACAGCAGAAUCUGUGUGUUGAGUUUGUGCGAGUCUGCAGGAAAAAAAAAUUGUUCCACAACAACAACAACAACAGCAAAAGCAAGUCUGAAAAAGCUCCGUAAUUGCAGUGUUGAAAGUGAGAACAACGUGAAAAUUGCAUUGGAUGAAAAAGAGUAGUAAGAGAGAAUAAGAAGAAGUGGCGCGAAACAAGCGAGCCGGAAAAAUUCCCAUGAAAAUCUACUUUUCCAUCUCGAUGGAGGGGUUUUCCGAUGCUGCACGAAUUUUUAUGGGAUAUAAAAAAAUUGUAUCAUCGCGCGUUUCUGUGUUGGUGGGAAAAGAGUGUCAGUGUCAGGCCGAAUAAAUGAAAUAAAGUGCGGUGAAAAAAAGUAAAUCAUUAAAAAGAGGGUUUGAGAAGCAAAAAAAAAAAAGCGAGGAAAGAAUUAACGAAAAUUGGUGUCAAAGCCGGUGUUGUGCAAUGUUUGCUUGAAGGUGGGAAUAAAAGAAGCAGUUAGAUAAUUCCAGUUAAAUAAAGCUUAAAACAGAAGAAGAAGAAGAAGCAGCGAAAAGAGAGAAGCUUAACGAAAGUGAAAAAUUUGCUGGGAAAAUCGCGUGAUGUGAGUGUGUGAAAUUGUUUCAGUGUGGCGCACGCAAGUUUCCUAAAGUGACGGAAGAAGCAGCUUAUGCAUCGCUAGAAGAAUAGGGUUAUUCACGCGACUUUGUCGCAAGUCCUCCCAGAUGGCGCUCGUUGACGACCCAAGUGUGACUUAACCACUGCGAAAAGUUACGCCGGAUUUUUCUCUGUCUCUUUCGCUGCGUGGAGAUCACUUGAAUUAGACUGACUGACGCCACGUUGCUUCUGAGGCAAGAACCAUGCUUCUACAGCCUGGGCCUCCGCUCAGUGCUGACCAAUCCCAGCAACCGCCGCCGUCGCCCCAGCCCCAACUUGGGGCUCCACCCGGUAGUCAUCCCGGUGGUCCGGGAUCCGGGCUGACCGCGUACCUGCCGGUUCUGGCUACCACCGCCGGGCCAUCCUCGCUGACGUCGUCCUCGAGUGCGUCCUCGACGCCCCCGAUUCACCAGGAUGUCAGCCGGUACCUGGACACGCUGCAGGACAUGCUCAAGGAGGGCUGGACGGCCCACACGGCCAAGGACGGGCGGCUGUACUACUGCAAUCACAUAACCCGAACCGCCGGAUGGCUGCCCCCGAUCGAGAACUGGGUCCAGACCAUCGACCUGCCCUACGGCUGGGAAAAGGCAAUCGACCUGAAGGGACAACCCUACUACAUCAAUCACCUGAACAAGACCACCACGUACGAGGAGCCGGAGCGGUACCACUACAACGACUCACCGCCGGAGCCACGGCUGGUGGUCCUCCAUCGGAGCCCCACGCUCGGCUUCGGCUUCGUGGCGGGCAGCGAAAAACCUGUGAUUGUGCGGUUCGUGACCGAGGGUGGCCCUAGUGUACAUAAGUUGGAGCCCGGUGACCAAAUAUUAGCUGUAAACGGCGAGGACGUCAAGGAGGCGCCCCGCGACCAUGUGAUACAAUUAGUUAGAAAUUGCGAAAGUACGGUGUCGCUGCUGGUGUGCCAACCGCAGCUGUACAACGCCGUCGGCCGGAAGUCGACGCUGCUGUCGGCGGGCAAGAAGGCGAAGCUGAAAUCCCGCCCGAUCCGGGUCCGGUUCGCGGAGAGCGUGUGCGUCAACGGGGCGCCGCUGUUUCCGCCAUCAGCAUUUAGUCUUGGAGACCUGUGCGUUCCUCCCAUGGCGAACGUGCUCAAGGUUUUCCUCGAAAAUGGCCAAACCAAAUCCUUCAAGUACGACUCCACGACGACCGUUCAGGACGUCGUAACGUCGUUACGUGAUAAACUAUGCCUAACCGCGGGGGAGCACUUCAGCCUGGUCCUGGAGCACGUCAAAAGUCUGAAACGGAACAAGCUGACCCUGCUGGACCCCCAGGAAACCGUGGCCAGGAUAGCGGCCCGGCCCGGUGCCCACAAGCUGCGCUGCCUCUUCCGGGUGACGUUCGUGCCCGUGUCGGCGGCGGGCCUAGCCCAGAAGGACCUGAACGCGCUGGACUAUCUGUUUCUGCAGUGCUGCAACGACGUCACCCAGGAGCGGUUCGCGCCCGAGCUGCAGCCGGAGGUGGCGCUGCGGUUGGCCGCCCUGCACAUGCACCAGCACGCCCUCGCCAACAACAUCUCCCCCGCCAAGCUGACCGUCAAGACUGUCGAACGAGAAUUUGGACUGGAUCGCUUUGUGCCUGCCUCCCUGAUUGACGGGAUGAAACGCAAGGAGCUCCGGAGGCUGCUCGGCCACUUUCUGAAGCUCAACUCCCAGAUGACCGGUUCGUCGACCAAGAUGUUGAGCCAGCUGCAGGCCAAGAUCCACUAUCUGGACAUAAUCUCCGGGCUGCCGAGCUACGGGGCCAAGUGCUUUAGCACUAACCAGCGGGACGGCGUCGAGCGGGUCCUGCUGGUCAGUCCGAGGUUUGGGCUCAGCCAGAUUGCCGGCGUGCGGAACACGGUGCCGCAGCCCAUCUGUAACCUGGAGGACCUGACGCGGGUCGUGGUCACCCGCGACGACGACGUCUCGAACACGGUAACGGUGUUCAUCAACCCGGACCGCGUCAUCACCUUCUCGAUGGAGGACCGGGACGCGUGCGAGUUUGCCAUCGUGCUCGCCGGCUACUACCGGUUGAUGGCGGGCAAAGAGCUCCCGCUGGAGCAGGAACGCGAACCAACGGUAGAAGAAAUCGCCCCGCCCUACCUGUCCCAGCACACGGUCGUGCACGCCAGCUGGAGUUACCUUCCGUCGGAGAAGCAAACCCACAGCAUGGCGUUCCUGAUGCCACCGCCGUACCACUCCACCAAGACGGUCUACCUUCCGCCGAAAUCCGGGUCCAUUUCCGGCGCCACCGUCGGAGACGAUUGCGACCGAAACAUGAACAACACGCUGACUUCGAACAAGAACCUAAAGGGGUUGGACGAGUACGGCUUUGAGGUUGGUGGUGGCGCGAGGGUGACUCGGGACGGGUUGGAACGGACCGGGAGUGGGGGAAGCGGAAGUCACGCGAAGCUGAGCAUGUCCGAGGCGAGGAACGAGGAGGUGCUGCGGAGGGUGGCGGAGAUGCAGAAGAUGGUGGAGAGUUCGGAGCGGUACUUGAACGAGCACGGGGAGUACUGUCACGAGUUUGAUGUGAGGCCGGGGAAGUUGAACUUGUGGCGGGAGACGUCGGUGGAUGUGGAGAGUGACUGCGAGAGUAUGAACAGUAGCAAGCAGUCGUCGAACGAAGAUGCGCCGGGGGUGUUGCGGCAUAGCGAUUCGUUGACGCUGCUCACGGAGACGAUCAACCAGGGGUUGGACGGGAUCGCCAAGGGGUUGAACUCGAUUUAUACGGCACCGUUUAGUGAGGUUAAUGGGCAGCUGGAGAACAAUUCGGCGCAGAGUACGCCCAAGAGUCAGCGGAAGGUUCAGGGGUUGAGUCAGAUAUUGAGCGAGUUGCAAGCGCUUGGGAAUGAUCUGUCGCAGAGUGAGAGUGAUUCGGAGUCGUUGUACACGCCGAAUAGUUCGCCAAUCCACAAGAACUCGAGCCAAACGCCUCCCCAGAGUAGCCUAAGAAAUAAGACUUUACGGACGAGCUUCGGGCUGCACAGCCCGGACAGCUCGGUCAUUGGUUGUGAUACAAAGGAUAUGAACUUGAAGGAAUAUCUGCGUCAGUUGAAGGAAGCUAGCGAUGGGGCUGGGAAUACGGACCUGGCAGCGAAGAAGAUUGCUGAGCUGUACGGGUACGAGAUUGGGGAUGAUACGAUGAUCGAAACCGAUCCGGACAUCAUCGAUCUGAGGUCGAUACCGCCUCCUCAAACACCGGACGAGCUGGACAACCUGAACCUGAUCAGCGUUCCUCCGUCGGGAUUCGACGAUGGAUCGAGCAGGCCCGUUGACACCGUGGACGGCGUCGUCGGCGAUCUGGAGGAGUUUCUGAAAAAGGUAACGAUCGAACCCCCAACCCAGAAGAUUACCCCCGCCGUAGAGUUGACCCCGGAGGAGAUUCUGUCGUACAUCAUUCCACCCCCACCGGGACUAGCCGACAGUAGCGAUCACCCUGGCACGACCAAACCUAAACCAGCACUGAAAACCAAACCUACCAACCUGCUGCAACUCGCAGCGAACAAUAACAACAACAACGCGCGGAACCUCAACCACGUCAUAGCCCCACAGCCGGAGGUCGCACCCAUCCCGAAGCCUCGAAUCGAAACCAACGCCGCAAACCUGCUGGCCAAGUACGACAAGUCCCGGUUUGAGGUGUACUACCCGCCGACGGACGACAAACAGCCCGCUUCCAACGAGUACGACCUGUACAGCAACUCGGAAGCGGCCAACGCUAACGCUAACGCCAAGUCGGAACCGAAAACCAACGGUCACGUCAUCGAGUAUCCAACGGUCGAACGCAAGGGACCCUUUUCCUGUUGUACAAAAUCCAAGAAAGAAAAGACUGAAGAAUGUGCGGAGCAGGUAAAUGGCACCGAUCCGGCGCUUCCCCCAAAACGAUGUCCUCACAACGCGGUGAACGAGUCCAGUCCGCCGCAACGACCCCCAAAGAGUGUAGAGUUGCAGCUGAAGCUGAACUCCCCACUUCGGUCACCUCCCAAGAUCAACGGAAACCACUACCCAGCGGAUCCGCCGUCGCUACCACCGCGCUUCGAGAAGCCCGCCUCUUCCCCGCCUCCGGUGAUCCUGUCCGCGUUACCACCGAAGAAGCCUCCACUACCUCCGGUCCCACUCAAGCCCUGCAUUCGCAGCCCAGUCCCCAUCCUGAAAAACCCCGUCGUCACCUCGUACACCCUGACCGCCACCAAUUCCGCCAACAACUCGCCCAUCCGAACGGCCGGAAUCGGUUCGCCCCACUUUCACCGCAAUCCCAACUGUUACAGGGAAAUUGAACGCGCCUUCAAUCGGGACGACCUGCCCCAGGAAGGCAGCAGAUCCCCCCAGCCACCACAAUCGCCCAUCCCGCAGAACCGCCAAAACGGCCACUACCGUUCGCACAGCGAUUGCCCGCCCGUCUGUCUCAAAAAUCCCGCCGCCGACCAGAAGCCCCAGCUGUCACUACUCUGCUCGCCACAGCUGUCACGCAAAACCAGCCUCGGCAGCAACCCCAGCUCGCCCAUUCUUUCGAACAAAAACGGCCACGUCCUCAACGUGGACACGCUGAUGGCCAAAACGGACGUCGCCAUGGCGGGUCUCCUCGUCAAGCUGGACCAGGUGGCCGCCAUGUGUUCGGCCGCGCAAACCGCCGGCGGUGGCACCAGCAUCGACGAGGAAAAGUUCCAACAGGCCAAGGACGAACUGACCGACCAAUCGCUGCACCUCGUCACCGCGUCCAAACACCUGGUUGUCUCGAUGUCCGACGCCAACCUAACCCAUCUCCCGGAACAUCUAACGGCCUGCCUCUCGGCACUCCGUCGCAUCACCGAGCUGGCCCAGGACCUGACCCGGUACACCUCGGCCCCCCUCCAAACCCGGAACAUCGUCCUGAAAGUGCACGACGUGGCCUCCAGCUUCCGGGAGUUGGCCUGUGUCAAGGUGGGACCACUUGGGGCGGGACAGUUGGCGCUGCACGCCGAGUGUCUGGCGAACGUGCUGGCAACACUGCUGCGUAGUUUGCGCGUCUUUUCGCCCUAGGGUUGUGUCAGUCGGGCAGGGUGUGGAGUUUGUACAUAGCAGGAGGAAGAAGAGGGCGAAGUUGUUGAGAUUAACUUUUUUGAGUAAAUUAAUUGUGAAUGUAGGAGAUUUUAAGUUGAAGAAAGUUGUUGUUUGUUAGUUGAACUAGUCUAGGGAUACGAUUGUUUCUUGGUUUGAUCUGCAUUUUGUUCGUUUGAUCGAACUGGUUUUUAAAUAAGUCUAAUACACUAGAAGAUAUUUUGUUAGUGGGGUAAGUAGGAAUCGGUGUUCAGAUGAGUGUUUUUGAAAGAACUUAAAUCCAUAUCAAGACUAACAUUUUGUUUGAAUUAUUUUAUCAAUAUCUCAAUUGCUUUUAGGUUUUUUUGUGAAAUUUAAAAAAUGCCUUUUUAUAGUUUACAUCAAAUCUUUUUUUGAGAUUUGAGUCUUUCUUCAAAUAACCCUAAACCGAAAUUUUGUUCUUCAAAAUCGUCAAAUCUGUACAGAUUUUCUUUAUUUUUGGCAGCCUCUAACGAUUUAGGCCAUUAUGCAUCAUUCUGCACAAUUUCGGUGACGUUUGAUACCCAAAUUGCUAAUUAUACUUUCAAAAAAUACGGAGUUUCGUUAAAAUCUAAGUAUUUUAUUCAGAAAACUUUAAAACAGUGAAAAUGCAUACAAAAUUUUGAAUAGUUUGAUACACAUUUUAUGAAAAUUUUAGUAUUUUUUAUGAAAAUUUGUUUAUGAACAUUUGAGUAUUUUUCAAAAAAAAAUGCUCUAAAAUAAGUGAAAAUGCAUACAAAAUUUAAUAAAUCAUACACCCAAAAAGGUCUCCAUACAAUUUUGGCAGCUGUUCAUACAAAAAUGGUACGUAAAUAUUCGCAAAUCUGUAUCUUUUGAAGGAUUUUUUUCUGAUCGAUUAGGUGUUUUCGCAAAGUUGUAGGUAUUGAUGAGGACUAUUCAGAAAAAAUAGCUACACGGAAAAAAUCUGACGAUUGUUAAAUUAAUUUGUUUACACACUAAAUAUCAGAAUCCAUAUAUAUAUAUAUAUAUAUAUAUAUAUAUUUAUAUAUAUAUAAGGCUUUCUAGUCGGAAAUUUACCAACACAUUCAAAGAAUGUUUACAUGGUAGAUGGGGUUUGUUUGCAUCAGAUCUGCUAUAUCUUUCUUGCAAAAGUUUUUUGUCAUGCGACUUCCAGCUGGAUUUUUUUGACUGACCGCCCGAUAUGUCAGCCAACAUACUUCACAGGGCUGUGACAGCUGGCGCUCGAUCAUUGUUUGCAUUAGGACACUGUGACGAGAAGUUCGUAAGUUUUGGGUUAAUUUGUUUUCACUGGGCCUAGAAAGCUUUAUGCUUCAAGGGACAAAAAACCGCAACUUUUGAGCCAUAGAAAAGUAUAGACAAAAAUGUUGCCGCUGAGCAGGGAUGGAAUAAUCGCAAAAAAAAAUCUUUUUCGUUUGCGAACUUUUUUCAACUGCGAAAGAGAGAGGAGACGAAACAAGCAAAAGAAAAUCGCUCCCGAACUUUUCGAAAACAUCAAACAGCGAAUGAUUUCUAUGCGAUUUUCAUUGUUAGCAUCAUUUAAAUUGAUUUAUUUCAUUUUGUAUACAAACAUUGUGUGACAUUACACCUGCAAGUCGACGUCGUCGUGCUAUCUUGUCGCACCCGCCAUUUUGACGUUCCGAGAAAAACGCGUUUUAAUGUUUGACCUUGAAUAUACAAAAACGAGAGCACGCAAUGUAAACAAUAACAAACACGUUUUGUUUGGCUGACCAUUCUAUGCAUUGUCCCAAAGUUUGGUUGAAGUUGGUUGCUGGAGUCCCGAGUUAUAAUUACAAAUGUUUACGGUAGUCUAGCUUGUACGUGCGACAAACGCAUCCUGACUUUCCUGGCCUGAAAUCCCUUUGGCCUUUUGUCGCACUUACAUCAAUUUCCAUGGAGUGACAAGAUAGCACGACAAGAUUGAAACUACUUUCAUAUGUAAAGUGACAAAAAUGCACGGAGUUUUUUCGGUUUUUGUUGAAUAUCUCAGGAUUGAAAUCGAAUUUUGGGGAUCUGUGAAGGUCAAAAGGUGAGGCAUUGUGAGCUGCACAAAAUGGCGUUCUUAACUCAAUUUGGCCCAAAAUGCACGUACGACAAGUUAGCACGAUGGCGACGAAGUGUAGUAGUGAAAUCGAUGUUCCGCUGAAUAAUCCAGGUGAUGAUAAUCUUUCAGUUUCCUUUAACCGAUUUGUCGUGCACGAGAGAGGAUUGGCAUGUUCCCUUUCGAUUUUGUCUCUUGAUCAGCGUCAAAAGAAUUUCUCUUGAUGAAGAAUCGUAUACGAUGCCACUGAGUUAUAUUUUUUUAAAAAAAAAAGCGUUUUUUGAAAACAAAAAAAAAUUUAGUCCAAAAAUUCUUUUGGCUUCUGUUUUUAAUAUAAAAUCAAAUUUGCAAUCGAAUAGUACUCAACAUAUUUUUUAAUAAAGUGCACAGUUUUCAAUAUAUAGCCACUUAAAAUUUAAUUUUAACUGAAAAAUUCCCGUUUUUUGAUUUUUUUUAAAUAAUGUCCAUGAUUGUCCAUUCCUGAAAUAUUUGAAAAAUUAAAUAUCUGUCAAUUUUUAUAAUCUUUUCGAAUGUUUUUUUUUUUAAUUUGAAUGUUUGGGCUUUUUAAAAUAUAAGCCCGGCUAAAAAAAAUCGCCUAGAUGUUUCAUUUUUUAAAUUUGGACCAUUAGUUGCAGAGAUAUUGGCAUUAUAAAAUGUGGGAAUGUUUAGAUGAGACUUAUAAAACUUCAAUUUAGUGAAAAUGCAUGCGAAAUUUCAAAUACCCAUAUUGCAAAUAAAAUAAGGUAUUUUGUGAAAAUUAGAUUAUCCUAUUUGAAAAAAAACAUAAAUUCACUGUUUUAAAUAUUUAGAAUCGUUUGAUCCCCUAUAGCAAAUUAUAAAAUUUUGAGUUUUUCUUUUUUUCAAAGAGAUACGGUAUUAAUGAUUUCCAAAAACUCUAAAGCAACGAAAAUGCAUAAUAAAUUUCAAUUCUUUGAUAACCAUGUUGCAAAUUAUGAAAUUAUGAGCAUUUAAAAAAAAUACGUUUUUUUAUGAAAAUUUUAGCAUUUAUAAGACCCCAAACCGGAUCGAACGGAACAAAUCCGGCCAAAAUUCGUUCAGCCAGUUCCAAGAAAUUCGAUUGAAAAAUAAUCAUGUCUGCAUCAUUUCUAUCAGAGAUUUCAAGAUUCUUUCCAUGAGUUUCAAGUCUAUUGCAUUUCAGAGAUUUGUUUUUUAGAAAAACGGAAAAGUUUGUGUUGAAUUUAUAAUUGAAACAUGAUUUUUGAAGCUGUCAUAAACUUUAUCCUUUUAAAACGCAAAAAAAAAAAAAUUAAGUAUCAGUGCAAUUUUCGUAUAGCCCAGUCAAAACACUAAUCUGAGCACCAAUUUCCUCACUUCCCAUAGUUUAAAAGGUUUAGAAAAAAAGAAAACAGAGCUUUCAAUUCCAGGCAAGCGUGUUGAAACCUACAUUGAUACACUCGUGUAGUUUGUAGCGAUAAUUAGAUUAUUAUUAUAUUAUUAACUAUUGAAAUAUUUGAGUUGACACUCUCUGCAGGCGUUGACACAUGAUUAAACAGCUAGAGCGUAGGAGAAUCUAAUUUUAAUCGUUACAGAUAAUGAUUCACAACUUUGUGUAUCAUUUAAAAUCCGCAAAUCUGAACACUGUAAAAUAGCCGUGUGUGUGUGUGAAGCAAAUUAAUCGCAUGCACUAACCAUCAAUGAUGACAAAGAAUAUAAAUUGAUGCGUCACACAUCAUAAGCUGAAAAGGCAAAAACCAAUUUUCUAGCGGGUAGCAUUUAACAAGGGCGCAAAAUCAAUCAACACAAUAAGAGCGAACAAAGUGUCAUGGCCCGAAAAAUGAUCAUCUCGCUCUAAAAUCGAGAUAAAUUGCGAGUUGAAAAUUCAAUUUCGCGUCAAAGCCUGUGUAAUUAUGAUGGCAUAAUUAUUUGCGACUAAUUAGCGUAGGGCGAUGAUUGAGAGAGAGAAGGGGGUUGUUGUAUAAUAAAUACUUUGCAUCAUGACGAAAUACUCGGCGGGAAUCAAUAAUGAUUGUGAAAAUAAACUAGUAGCUAAUGAAUCAAUUGAUGUGCAAACAGUAGCAGCAGCAGCAGAAGGGUGAAAUGCUAACCAAAUAACAAAUAAGUCACAUUGUUAAUGAAGCUGAAUGUCGCAGCAUGAUUGAUUUUUUUUUCUGACCACCCCUUCGAAGCCAACAAUGUUUAAUGUCAAAUAAUGAGGGGGUUAAUUAAUUAAUUGAUUCGCAAUAACAUUCAUAUCCCAUUAACUCGCUCUCUCUGUUCAAUGUGCGACAAUAUAUUGAGCAACUCAAAUGAUAGUUUUGUAAGAUUUAGAGUCGUAAGGGCAGUUGUAAAAAAAUCAGAAUUGGAAAACAAAACUGACCAGCGUUUCAUUAUUGUAGGAUAUUUUAAAAUAAUUUUGUCGAAUGAAUCGUAAGUUCAAACAAUAUUUGGGCCAUAUCAGUCGAACUCCUACCAAAUUCAUAUCCACCAAAAAUAUCAGAAUUAUCCUAAUUGUCCCCAAUUUCCCCCCCUUAAAAAAAUCACAAAUAUUAUUCAGUGUCAUAUAAGCAAAACAGGUACAUGUACUAGAAAAAAAUGAAGAAAGCAAACAAUCAAACUGUUUUAAAAACAUUUGAAGAAUUCUCCGCGUGUCAUCCAACAAUUAUAUUUUUAAAAUGCUUUUAGUUUAACAAUCUAGAAUCAAGAUAGUUGGUAAUGCUUGUUGUUUUAAUUUUUAAAAGCUUUUAUCUUGUUGUUAUUUAUGCUUGGCUAAGAAAAGUUUAAAUUUUAAGUUUUCCAACCGACCCAGAAAUCACCACAAACAAAAAACCAAACCGACCAAUUUGAAAGAGAGUUCAGCCUAGUCAGCAAGUUAUUGAACCACCCUAAUUCAUAUUAUUCCAACCAAUCCAGCUAAACAGUCCGAAUCACGCGAUUCUAACGAUCACAUCAUUCCAGAAAAGAAUUGAAAAAAAAAACAAUAAACAGUCUAAAAACGGAGCAAACUAAACUAGGAAGUAAUCCCCGUCGUAUGA